CAAAACCCGCAACACAAAGCAUAAAUUGUGAGCAUCAAUGGCGACCUCACUCUCCAACUUUUUCUCCUUCAUCUUACGUUCAAACCCGCUUCAUCACCAUCACCCUCCCAACUCUCUCUUUCUUGUUAAAUUGUUUAAAAACGCUUUACUUUCAAAUGUCGUUCAAGAGAGCCACAAUUCGACUUCUUCACUCUUAUCAGCUGAAUUGGCCUCUGUUCUAUGUUCUUCUCUUGUAUAUGCAAAUACUAUUUCCUUUAAAUCUGCAUGCAAUGUUCAGGUGAUUUUCGAUGAGAAUGAACCGGAAGAAAAGCUGUUGAAUAGGUUUACAAGAGAGGUCAUGAGAGCGGGUGUCAUUCAAGAGUGUAAAAGAAGGAGGUUUUAUGAGAAUAAGCAGGAUAAGAAGAAGAGAAAGUCCCGUGAGGCUGCUAAGUGCAAUCGUAGAAGAGCUCGAGUUUACGUGAAGAAGAAGAGAGGAGGCAGGAAGGCAAAGCUGAAAACACAAGCUGAGGAAUUAGCAGAUAGAAACGGUAAAGAUACCACUGGAAAGGCCACUAUGGGAACAGAGAGCUGCAAUUCUAAAACAGGGGGAAGCAAUAUCGUUGAUAACUUUGGUGAGCAGUCUGGAGGAGCUCCAGAUGGCGGCAACUCAGGAGCAGCAAAAGCAGCAGACAGGCAGCAAAAGUAUGGGGAUCUGCUGGGAAAGAAAGGCACUUUAAAGAUAUUAGAAGCUGAGCUGGCACAUGAGCAUUGGUGGAGCCACAGUGAGGAGUCAAAUGAUAAGGGCUGGGGAGGAGAAGGAGAGGGGAUUAGGAGAGAAGAGAAGAAGGAAUAUUCUCUCCCUCAUCUCAGUUUCUUUUACUGUUACAUUGAGAAAGAACACAACAGGAACCCAGGUGUACGCCUAACAAACAGAAACCUCCAUUCACACGACCACAAAGUAGGAAGGAGGAUACUUGGUCGCCCCGCUCACUACUCAGGCGCCCCAGGAGGAAGAUUUUCUUCACAGAACAGGGAAGAGCCAUCAACAAACAAGAUGGAAGAAGAAGAAGAUAACUGGGAGCUGCCUGAAGGAGACAUUCCUUAUUGACUACAUUUGACCAUGUAUUGUAUCUGUAGAACUAUCUGCUGUGAAUUUGAUUUUGAGAGGCUUUUAUUUCUUGUAAGUUGUAUAAAGCUAAUUCUGCUGUUUCAUUGACUCCCAGCCUCGUAAUUUUUUAAUGCAAAGUAAUGAUUUCUUUUACUUGAAAUUUAUUCUUCCUUUAAACUUAUAGAAGUUCAGUUAAUAUAUGGUUUGGCUUUUUGCCCAGAUUUUCUUGGAAAGGUGCUAGUGAGAAGUACCUAUACUUAUUUUUCUUGAAUCUUUUAUCUGGAGCUUUAACUGUGCGCAGAAAUUAACUUUGUGCAGUUUAAAUUCUUGCCCAUAUAUGGGAGCUCACUAUGCUUGUGAUGAAAUCGGAGAUAUGAGACCCUGAAAUCUGAAUUAUGGCAGUGGUGACUAUGAUAUGGUUGUAUUAUUAGAAGCUUAUGAGACAAAAAGAGCACUUAUGAUUAGUAUCUUGGAUGGCCUAGGCCUUUAGCAGAUUGAUGAUCCUAAUAUUUCAGGUCAGGUGUAUAGCCAUGUCUGACUGGGGGAAUUUCAUAUGUUGAAUUAUCUGUGUUUCUUUUCAACACUGUCUCAUCUUUGUUUGUUUAAGUAGGCCAAUUCGCUUCAAGGAACAACUUGUGCUGGUUGACAUGUAAGGAACAAUUCUCUUUAUGCCCUGCAUUUGCUUGGAGCUCUCCAUGCAAACGAUGAUCCUUGCACACUAGUUUCUUCUGUGGUGAGUUCUGUGAAGUGUCUCCAAUCUUCAAGCAGCAGCUUCAUGUCAUGCACCUUACUUUGAACGCUGUCACAGCAGUUUGCCCGUAUGGUAACUAUUUGACUCAUGUUCCUUCUUGGCUGACAGAAUCCAUUGAAAUGAGACUCCUCCAGGUAUUCAGUUCCAACACCAAACGUUUCCAAGGAAGGAUAAGUUACAGCAGCCUCACAGAGAGAUUCAUUUUGAGAAUUUGGAUACAAAACCUUUUGCAAUUCCCAGUACUUAAAGUACUCCAGUGAUAUUUCAUUAGCUUUCAAGUAAAAGAAUCCCCCUUCUUCUACCUUGCUAAUGCUUGGUGGAUCAAUUGAGUAGAAAUAACACACAAUUACCAAUUCCUUCUUGUCAGGGAUGUGCGAAACCGGAUUUCUAAGCCACAUCACGUCUGCAUCCUGAAAUGGCAAAAUUGUCAGGCUUCGGAUAUCAAAAUAACAACAAGACGCAUCAUGUCAUUAGCAUAACCAAACUUACUGUGAAAAACAAAUUGUAACCCAGUUCAACCACUUGUUUAAAUAACUUGAACUUGAGAGGAGUAAGCGAUGGCUUUUUGGUGGUGACAAGGAAGAAGCAAUGGGAAUGAAUGGAUUUGCAAUACUGAAAGGCCUUGCCAUCCAAAGCAACAAUCACCAAGUGAUUCAAAAAGUGUUUGGUUCCAUGGCCAAUACGAAAGCUUUCCAGGAAGAGAUCGAGAACAGAGCCAGGCCUUGCCCAUGUUUCAUCAACAGUGGUCAAUAUGACAGAUCGAUCUUGCAUUGCUGCCCUUCUGAGUAUUUGCUUCAACCCAGCAUUUCCCGACUCCUGCUAUAACAAAUAAACAAAAUAGACAAGACUUAAUUUCU